ACCGGAUGUAAACAAAUCCUCAGCAGCAGCACGUGAGAGGUGGAUUUCCCUGGAAUAUGGACGCUGUUUGUCCUUAAACAGUGCAAUGACAGCUCGCAGUGUUUUACUAACCCGGCAGGUUUUGCCUCUUGGACAUCAUUUAUGGCGUGUCUUACCUGUGAAGACCUUCUGCUCUUCCACGCACGACGAGGUUCGCUUGGCACAGGAAGCCAGCAGGAAAUACGGAAAACCUGAACCCACUAUAUUUUCUAAAAUAAUUGACAAAACUAUCCCUGCAGUUAUCAUUUAUGAGGAUGACAAGUGUCUAGCUUUCAGAGAUGUAAAUCCCCAGGCUCCUGUGCAUUUCCUGGUUAUUCCAAGGAUCCCCGUUCCCAGGAUCAGUGAAGCACACGAUGACGAUGCAUCGCUCCUGGGUCAUCUUGUGAUAGUGGCCAAAAACAUAGCAAAGACAGAAGGACUGGAUGAAGGAUACAGAGUUGUCAUUAAUGAUGGAAAAAAUGGGGCACAGUCCGUGUAUCACCUUCACAUUCAUGUUCUCGGAGGACGGAAAAUGAAAUGGCCUCCAGGAUAGAUGGAGCUUCUGUCAGAAUAAAAAUAAUGCUCUGCAUUUUUGGAGGAGAAAAGCAUAACUGAAAAUUUGUUGGAAAUUACCCAAAAAAUGUUUGUCAAAUAAUGAGAGAGUGGGAACUAUUUUCUACAUUAAAAUGAAUUUGACUGGUUUUCAGUCUGCAGUUGAUGUUAACAAGCUGUUGGGUAACCUGCACUUAGCUGGGUUGGGUUACCUUUACUGUUGUUUACUGUCAUCACUGGGUAAUAAAAAUGUUCUGGUGAAUUUUGCAAGGCUCACAGGUUAAUAUGGGCUUUUUGCACAAUGGGUAUUUAAAUGUUUGGCAUAUGCAAAAACUGUACUGAAAAGAAUGACAGGAAAUAUAUAAAUAGGAAGUAAAAGCACAAUGGUUUUUAUUCAUGAAAUGCAAGCAGAACUAAUUUCUUGCAAAGAAUAUUGCAUAAAUUGUUGCAUUCAAGUCAAUGGGACAAUUGACAUAUAAUUCAUAUUAUGAAGGAUUUAAAAUACGCAGCAGUUCCAUGAAUAAGGGCCCCCGUGUUUAUACCAUGAAGACACAUCUCAGGACGUGCUGCAAUACAAGCACACGAUCUGAAAUCUUGUAUUAGACCUGGUUUGGCCUCAGCUAAGGUCAUCCUGUAGAUCUAUUAACUGUUGAAGGUGGUGUGAUCAAGCGACCUUGAUGGCCAGUGGGCAGGUUUCUAUGGGUCGCUCGUGAGUGUUUAUAUUAAGUGAACUUUCGUCCUAUUUGCUGAAACAUCAGAUGCAUCUGUACAACACAUCAUGUCUGUGCUGACUAGAAGAAGAAAUGUGAUACAGAACAAUAAUAAUCUUAAUAGUUUACUUAACAAACAACUUUGAGCCUUUUAUAAUUCAGUUUAAUACAUAUUGAUUGAAUCUAAAUUGAACAAAACAUACUGGGAUUUCUGGAGUGUAGUAAAAAUAUAAUGGUGAUUUUAUCUAGCGUAUGUUACAGAUUUUUUUUAGGUGAAGGUUGCAAAAUAGUUAAUGUCCACAGUUGUCUUGUCAGUAAUAAUUUUUUGCUUUAUCUUAUCCAGUCUCUGUCAUAUUAUCGACUUUGUGACCUCUGAGCUUUUGUAACAACGUGUUGAUCAAUAAACAGUUCUUCAUUUAA